GUAAAAUUUUGUUUCAGUAUUCUAGCAAUAAAAUGAUAGAAAAUUCUGCAAAGUAUUCGACCAGAUUUCGAAAGAAGUUGGUGAAAGCUAGAACUAAACUGAACAAAGAAGGAUUAACAUUUUCUGAUUCCCCAACCCUGUAUAUUGUGAUAUCAAACGGGGGUCUUGCUAAUGGAGUUCAAAGAAGCAAUUUGGAAGAAAUAAUAACUUCUUUUAAGGAACUAAUCAUGCUACCUCAAAAAUCUUAUGCGAUGGUUUCCUUCGAGAACACGAAAAAUUCACAAGCCACAUUUGAGAAAUUACAAGGACAUGUAUUGAAAUCAACUCUGAAUCUCGCUUCUCCUAAUCCGAUAUUAUAUUUGCAUUAUGUCAACGAUUUGAAUCCACAAAAAUCUGGUGAUUUUCAGUCACCUAGAUGGGAUAAUGUUCCGGGACUGAUUAUACUUGAAGAUUUUAUCACAGAAACAAAACAAAUAGAACUUUUAAAAUUUCUCGAAGCUGACAGCCCGGUCUCAAACGGAUUAGAUUGCUCUGAUAACAUUUUAAAACAUAGAAAAGUUUGGCAUUAUGGGUACGAGUUUCGAUAUAAACACAAUGACGUCGACCCUAAUUUACCUUUAGAAAAAGGCAUACCAAAAAUUUUAAAAUCUGUAAUUUCAAAAAUGAAAGAAACUGGGCAUAUUGUCAAAGAACCGAAUCAAAUUACAAUAAAUAAAUACGAGCCAGGACAGGGUAUUCCAUCACACAUUGAUAAUCCUGAAGCAUUUGAUGACACGCUUGCUUCAUUAAGCUUAAAUUCACAGACAGUGAUGGAUUUUAAAAACUCAAAAACAAAGGAACAUAACCAAGUUUUGCUUAAGGAACGAUCUUUAAUGAUUUUUACUGGAGAAUCGAGAUACAAAUGGACUCAUGGGAUUUGUCCUCGAAAAGUUGAUCUUAUUCCUGUGAACAAAGAUGAUGCCGAUAAAUUAACUUCUCUAAAUCGUGGAAUGAGGAUGUCUGUAACAUUUAGAAGAGUUAGGGAGGAUUACAAGGGUCCCAGCCAGAAUCCAGAUAUUGAUCGACCAGUAAAUGAAAUAGAAGCUGCAACAUUGGAGGAAGAACAUGUUCAUAAAGUUUACAAUGAAAUAGCUUCGCAUUUUACAUCAACAAGAGAUAAACCUUGGCCCAAAGUUAAACAAUUCAUUAAUGAGUUGGAGGCUCACUCAACAAUCAUAGACAUAGGUUGCGGCAGUGGUCGUUAUCUUGGUGUAAGAAGUGACGUUUAUAUGAUUGGAUGUGAUCGGAGUCAAAAUUUAAUCAAUAUUUGUAAAGAAAAAGGUUUCAAGGUUUUCACUUGUGAUGGUCUGAAUCUUUCAUUACGGCAUGGAAUCUUUGAUGCUUGCAUUUGUAUUGCUGUUAUUCAUCAUUAUUCAACUCAUGAGAGAAGAAUGAAAGCGAUUGAACAACUUUUACAACUAGUGAGGGUCGAAGGACAAAUUUUAAUUUCGGUUUGGGCUAUGGAACAAGAAUACAAAAGAGUGAAAUCAAAGUAUCUGAAAAGAAUAGAUAACGGCCCAACAGAAAAGGAAAUUCCUGUUGUUCCUGAAUCAGCCUCGAAACACACGAUACAAAAUCUUGACAAGAGUGUUGAAAUUCAAAAAUCUGCCAAUAACCCUGCCCCACCAGAAGACAGUCAUGCUUCUAAUACCGCUGCUAUGAAUGAUUUAUCAAUUAAAGACAAACAGCAAAGUAUACUUCCAGUUCAUAAAAACAGAACCCCUUUUGAAAAACAAGAUGUUUUAGUGCCUUGGCAUCGAAAAACUGUACAAGUCUCAAAACAAAAAUCAGAUCAAGAGUGUUUAAAAACACCAGAACUCUCUGAAGAUGAAAAAAUAAAAUCGGAAAUUGUUAAUCAGUCCAGUAACGAUAAUUCUAAAUUAUUUCAUCGUUAUUAUCAUGUUUUUAAGCAAGGAGAGUUGGAAGAACUUUGUGAAAGCUUUGAUAAUGUUGAAGUUAUUACUUCUUAUUAUGAUGAAGGUAACUGGUGUGUGAUUUUAAAGAAAUUAUGAGAAUGAGAAAGUUUUUUCUUUACAUCUUUACUUGUAAUAAUAUUGUCUAGAAAAUACAAUUAUUUGCCAUUGCUA